ACGUUUUUGAAUGAGGAAGUAAAAUUAAAAAACUUCAAAACUUUCUGCUGUCUUGUUAGUGACAAAUACAUGAUUAUGGCGCUAAAGACCACCCCGAAGUAUUCAGAUGUACUUAGAUGGAAUACAAGGAAUGUCUCAGACUGGUUGAAAGAGAUUGGAUUCGAGGAUUGUGUUAAAUCAUUCGGAGAAAAGAACAUCAAUGGACAAGCUUUACUGGGUCUCCAAGAAAUUCACUUAAUGACUAUGUCUGGUGUACCAGUUAGUAGACGAAAGAAAAUACUCAAAUAUGUUGCUGAUAUUAACAAAACAGUCAACAAAAAAUCCUCUUUAUUUGGUGGCAAGAAAGAUAAACCAAUUCCAGGUGUUCCUCCCAGAGAUUAUCAUGCAGUAGUGACACAUCAUGAACAUGAGGAAGAACAUGAUGAUUGGGGCUCUGAUGAAUUUGAUGAUGAUGACGGCCCAGAGGAAAUCUAUGACCUACCAGCAGAUGAAUCUACGCCCCCUAAAUCAGAUACACAUACAAACAAUAACCAGUCACAAUUAAUACCUACUAUGGGUGAAGAUGAAGAAGAUGAAGAUGAUUAUGAAAACCCAGAUAUAACACUCCCAUCAAAAAGAACCACAUUGAUAGAACCAACAGCAGCUAGUGAAGAAAGUGAAGAUGAUGACUAUGUCGCUCCUGUUGAAGCUCCUCCAGGUUCAAUAAAAAUACCACCGAAAAUGGAACCACCACGAAGAAAGCCUUUGCCACCUCCGCCCCCAGAGGAUUUUGAUGACGGGCCAGCUUUACCCCCAAGAACAAGUCUUGACCCACCUGCGAAGCCUCUCCGUGCACAGCCAGUGGGUGUAGUGAGACCUUUGCCUGCCCAACCAUCUGUCACUGAAGAGGAUGAUGAUGAAAACUAUUUAGCUCCGGAUAUUACCAUACCAAGCCCUACAAGCAGUAUUAAGGCUACCUUCAAUCAGGAGAGCAAGUUACCAAAUAGGCCACUACCGUCAGUUCCACCCCAAAGUACGUCUGUUUCCCCUCACAGUGCGAAACCAACAAAGCCAGUACCAGCUAUUCCAAGGACAAUUCCAGCUGUUCCUGCACCUAGACAUACUCCCCCUGUUGCUCGAUCACCAGAUUCCCCGACAUUCAAUUCAAUAGACUCACCCCCUCCAAUUCCAUUUAUUAGUAAUAGAGAAAAAAAUAACAAUAUGGGUAAAACAUCAAACCCACCACUACCAGCAAGCCCUACUAAACCCGACAGAGCGUUACCUGCGCAACCAAGUGAUGAUACAGAUUUAGAAAAAAACAGAAUAGACAUAGGCCAAGGAAUACAAGAUAGAUUAAAACGUUUUCAAAAUGGUGGUCCUCAGAUCCCCACUGAAAGAAAAGGGAUUAAACCUCAAGUUACUGACGCAACUAGAAAGAUAAAUAAACUAGAUAUUAAGAAAAUGGGUAUCGCUCUCCCAGUUCCUCCUGUACCAGAGACAAAGAAAUCACCAUUGAAAGCAGCUGACUUAAGCUCCACCAUGUCAUCGCCUAAACCAUUAAAAAGAGACUUACCCCCACCCCCAGUGCCUGGUGGAGAAGAUAAACGAAAACAAAACAAAGGACUAACCAGUCCAAGGGGUCUACCUCCUGUACCACUAGAUGACAGGCCUCCACCCCCAGUACCCGGGAAAGAGCCAGUUCCAAAACAAAGACAAUUACCGUCAGUUCCAGCUGACCCACCUGUUCCCCCUGUACCAGCUGGGGGUCAUAAAUUCUCGCCAGCUAGGCAGUUACCUCCUGUCCCCCAAGGCGCAAGAUCUCCACCCCCAAUACCCAAGUCGGAUGACAAGAGGGCCGUACCCCCGGUCCCAAAGCCAGAUGAGCCUGAAAAAGACACUCCUGCUAAUCUAGAUAGGACAUUGUAUGACCUUGGGUGGUACCACGGUGGUAUUUCAAGAAGUGUAGCCAAUGAAAGGUUGGAGCAUAUGAAGAAUAAUGGAGACUUUCUUGUGCGUAAAAGCAAUCGAGGUGACCCCUCUGCCCCAUAUACACUACAAUUAUGGUACCAAGGCAAUAUUAAAGCAUUAAAUAUAGGCAGGAGAAGCAAUGGAAAAUUUGCGUUGGGGUCGGAGAAACUAAAUGAGGAGCAAUUUGAUCAAGUUCCUGAUCUGAUAAGUUUCCACCUAUCAAAGCACAUAGUGUUAGCUGGGGGAGGCGAGGUUAAGUUAAAGAACCCCAUCAUACGACACUAGCGCCAUCUAUUGACUGCUCAUAUGGUAACAACGGAAAUGUAUGAGAUUAAGCAAUAUUUGAACAUGGAAUACGUUAUUACAUAGUGAUAUGUCUAGAUGAGAAAUAUGGGAUUUUGCAAUAUCAUAAAUAUGAAGAGCCUACAGCAUACUCUGUAUUAUUUGAUGUAAGGAUAUUUGUAAUGUAUAUUAUCGGAUGUACAACUGCACAUGAUUAUGGAAUUGCAUCAGAAAUAUUGGUAUUUUGAGAAAUAUGGGAUUUGGUUACUAACAUCAGAAAUGUUAGUAGUAUUGCAUAUUAUAUUGGAAUAUGUGAAAAACUGUGUUAUGGUGUGUUCAUAGGCUCACACAUCAAUCGAUGAAAAAUAAAUUUUUGCAGUACGCACACUGCAUUCAGAUGCAUACAUUAUUUAGAAGCCAAAGAUGUACACCUACAAUUAACCAUGGACUUGUAUCUGCAAUAAAUCUAAGGUGUCUACAUGACAUUCAUUCUGAACUUGGAAGACAUUUGCAUGAAGUUUGGUUACUGGAAUACUUUAUGAUCAAUGUCCAUUGGAAUUUUCAAGGGAUUUUUUAGCUAUGAAUUAAGAAAAUCAUGUUUUAAAAAUGCAACUUAGAGUAAACAGUGGUGGAAUUUGCAAGAAAAUGAAUAAAAAGAGGAGAUGCCAAGAAAUCAACUAAAUCAACUAACUGUAAGAGAGAUAUAGAUUGAAAAGAGCAUUUUAAAUAAUAAUUUAUUGACAUGGGCUGCUUCUUUAUU